UGCCGUACUAGUCAUCUGGUGCCUUCAAGGUCAUGACAUGCGGGCAAGCGAGAAAUAUGUCGUCUGUCUCGCUCUGGCCGCCAAGGAAGGGGCGUGUAGUGACGGCUGAGUUUGUCACGAUGAAAGCGACGUAAGGUACCUAGAAGGAUGUCCAGAGUAAUGGAAUGGUACGUAUGGUGGUUGAUGUGGGUAGGGGAGGGGGGAGGAGAGACGAGACCAAGGACGGAACAACGACACGGCGGCGCAGGGAACGGAGAACAAGAGGACGAGGAGCGCGACCUGAUGGAACGACGAGACUAUGAAUCGCGAAGGCUGGAAGGCUGGACUCUGGAGAAACACAACGAGCAACGAGGGGGUUGCUUGGGUCGCGUGCGCCGUCGGAGGUGGAAUAAUUCGCCCUGCGGGAGGAGCAAGUUGCUGUCGCAGUCGCACAUCCAAUAUGCCUCGAUUGAACACUGAGCGCCUGUUUAUGCCUGUACUGCGUAGGUUGUCUGCGUGCGCUAUGGGCCGAUCGGUGUGCGAUAAGCUGCCGAGAUGGAUGUAAGUCCUGUUGUCUCGACUUGGAGGAGUCGCGUGCCAGGAAAGCAAG